AUGGCGGAAAAGACCCCGUCCCGACCGAUAGCAGUGACGACCACCGCGGCGACAACGACGGCAACAACAACAGCAACAACAGCUGAGCCGGUUUACAGUGAACAGGACGAACAUGUGACUGAAUCACGUCGUACAUGUUCUUCAACCGAUUCCGGACGGAGUAGUAUAAGCAGCAGUCAAACAAGUCAUUGCGACGUGGAUUCCGCGGAUAAGAGUGGUCUUACAACACACAUUGAUCAUUUACUCACCGUGGAUAAGGCAUCCAGUUCCGAGCACAAUGUGAUCAAUUCGGCUCCAAAUGAUUUAGUCGAGGAUUUAGACAUGUACGCGGAUGUCACAUUGAUUCCAAAAUCCACUAGUACACUUGUAUUUCAUCCGAAGGAAUCCAAAGUUCACACAAAACGUGCAUCCAGGACAAAAGGAGGAAAAAGCUCAAAAAGUCGGAAACAAACAACAUCGAAAUCGGUCGAGAGCAACGAACCUUCGACCAAAAAUCUCCCCUCUCAAAUGGAUAGUCACAAGAGUACUUCAAAAGAACAGAAAUCAGUUAGUAGCAAAGCAUGCGAAGUCAAUACCGCGGUUUCAACAUCGAAUUCGACUGAGGCAUCGGAAUCAGUCGACUCAAGCACACUUGUGCCGAGCAAAAGCAAAUGUUUAACUGUUGCUGAACUGAGACGAAAUCGCAAGCAUUAUCUAGUCCGGGAGCGUCGUCUUCGAUCGAUGAAACCUUUGACACCUCUAACUCAGCCCAGAAAAGAACUGAUGGAUUAUUGCAGCACUCAAGAAAAGGAAGAAACAAAAGCUAUUCACUCUCACCCCGUGAAUUCUGUUGAAAGUUGUGCAAUACAACCGGAUACGACCGGUCCGGAACCUUCACCUACAUCAGUCACAAGUGCUUCGCCCAAACACGUUUCGCGAUCAAUCACACACGGAACACAACCCCAGACUUUGGAUGUGGAAAAACCAGAUGUAAAAUUUUGCUCGUAUUCCAGCUCCUCAAGUCCUUUACCGAAUUCUGGUCCUAAAAUCCGAGCUUCAUUGAGUAACAAACGUCGACCACGUGCCGGUGGUUCGCCCGUUUCAACUAGCAAUUCCUCAAUUGGUAAACCUCAUUUCCUGCAACGUGCGGGAAAGUCUGUGCCAAUAAGACCAUUAUUACCCAUGGAAUUACAGCAUAAUCAUCCGUUGUGUACUGUGACGCAUCGUAAACAGUGGACCGAUAGAAACAAUAAACGUGUAGUACAAAAUUCCGCUUUGCUGCCAAAUCCGCUGUUUCAAAGCACUAACUGUUUAUGUGUACAGCACAUGGAUGCUUCUGGUAUGUUAAUUAAUCAACCCUUGUACUGGUUGCUGCCGGGUUUCCAAUUUAACCACUAUGCUCAAACGUCUGACACAGGGAUAAGGAAUGCAACAGGCGAUGUGAAACAAUCCAGUCAACAGUUCUCUCCCAUGGCACAAACGGAUGGUCCCACCUUGCUUCCGAGCUCAUGGCACCAAACCGCAAAUCCCUACGGUGGACCUGAUUUUUCUGGUGGAAAUUUUGGAAAUACCAAUGAGCUAUGCGGUCAGCUUGUCGGUAUUCAACUGCCACCCGACAGUAAACUACACAGUGGAAAAAAUUACUGUGUACAGAAAACAUCUUUAAGUGCCAAAGGCUCAAGCCAAGAACUACCCAGCGUCUCUGUACAAACCGAGGAUAUGAGCAAAGGGACUGGUGACAUGCCUGUUUCGACCGAUGGUUUGAACCAACUGGAACGAAAAACAAACAGAACAGAUGCACUGGACGUGAAUAAAAACGUAACUCGUCAAGGAGAUUUGAAAGCCAAUCCAAACAGAGAGGCUGAUGAUGGAACAAGCACGUAUAUAUCAUCACUUUCGACUAAACCACGAUCACUGCUUACUGUGGGAGAUGGUGUGCGGCAGGGAAAUAGUUGUUCUGUUGCGGUGCCUAUAACGGGAUCCGAGUCAACAGACAUUUCGCGUUCGUAUAUUCUAGGAGCAGGUAUUCCGGAUGGGAACGCAACCACCGGACCCAUCAUGCCUAAUGUCAUCACUUACAACAAUAAUGGUGAUUCCUGUGUAAUGCCCACAAGUUUCAUAUACGUUUACAGUGCUGAUGGCCAGUUGUUCGCCAUUCCAAGCACAGCAAUGCUCUAUCCAACUCCAACAGUUCCCAGUGCCGAUGUUGGUUCGGGGAGUGAUUCUGCCUAUAGCAGUCCACCAGCUGUUCUCUCGGCUCAAGCUGUUCACGAGGCUGCUAAUCUACACCAAGCGUACACUGCAACAACCAAUUUCGACAUUCCUACCGGGGUAAUUGGCACCGCUCAGGAUUUGAAUUCGGCCAACACUUUAACACCACACUAUGAGCCAAUGUGCACAAACCAGUUGACACUCCCUGGACAAAUUCCAUCGAGUUAUCCACCGGAAGUCAAUCAGUGGUCCGGUUGCACUCUUCCCGUGGAUAGUGAACACGCAUCCGGAAUGAAUCCGCCCCCGCAGAAUCAGAACCCGAUAAGACCAAUUUUGAUCUCCUCACAAAACGCCAAUAUUAUGAUGCAAAACGCUCUUGCACUCAGUGGGCAAUACAUGUCCGGAAGUAUGACGUCAAAUCAAAUACCAGCAUCUAUAAUUGGAUCUGGUGAGCGAAAUGGGAAAGAAUCACUGGCGGUUCAAAGUUUGGCCACAAUUCGUUCAACACAACACAGUCAGCCGCUCAAAAUCUCCGAGAAUGGUAAAAAUCAGAAACCAAAUUUCGAAUCACAGUCGGGCCUGUUGGGACACGCAAAAGCCGGUGGAUCCAUUCUGGGCGAUUCCAAAUCCAUGAUAUUGCAUUCAAUGCCCUCAUUCAUGGAUGACUUGGCUCGAAAUGGGUCCAACGUUCAAAUCAGUCACGCACGCCAGAAGAAACAUUCAUCAAAAACCAAUCUGUAUAUUCGGGGUUUACCGUCCACGUUCACAGAGGAACAGCUGCACACCUUGGCUCCGGACAAGGAACUGAUUCGGUCCGUCAAGCUUAUCAGUGGCACGGAAGGGGAAAUGUAUGGAUUCAUCGAUUUCACAAGCAAUGUGGCCGCUCGAGCUGCACUACUCCAUAUCAAAUCAAACAAUCGUGAACUUUACGUCAAUUUUGCCUAUGAGUCAGAAAAGGAUCCACACAAUGUUUAUAUCACCAAUAUCCCGGAAACAUGGACUGCUGGUAACGUAGAAGAUUUGAAGAAAAUAUUCCAACCGUAUGGACAAAUAGCCACUGCCAUUGUAAUGACCAAGCGAUCGAACAACUUUUGCACCGGUGCCGGGUUUGUGCGAUUCGUGAGAGCCGAGGAUGCUCAACGCGCAAUCGAAGGAAUCCGUACUGCUCAAAUCAAAUUAGACGGCGGAAAAGGUCCGUUAGAGGUCAAGUUAGCCGAUCGUCAAAAGCCGGUUGAUGACCAAAGCAGCUCUUCGAAGUCCAGAACCUCAAAAUCCUUGAAUGAUGGCAAUCCGCACGGAUCCGAUGGUUCCAUUGAAACACAGACCGACACUUUUCGUCAUUCAAACAAUCAGUGCGUGAAGAAAACUAGUGGUUGUCUGUUGGCUGCGGAUCCAGUAGCUCCGCUUCUGGGACUGGCGUUGAAUGCGGGCAGUCCAGGCAAUCCACGUUCUACGAGUGCUGCUCCUGUCGGACCAGGUCUCUUAUCGAAUGCAAACAAUUUCAACGUCCUUAGUCGCCUGAACAACCCGGCAUCAUUUGCGAUGGCCAUUCAAAGUGCCCUUUCCAAUGCACCACCACUCGUUCAUUCAAACCUUUUGUUACAAAAUCCAUUGCAUGCGAUCAAUUUCUCCAUUUCAAUGCCCAAUGAUUCGCAGUCGGUUAAUCAGGCGAAUUUAUUGCCUUACCGUGCACAAGCAUCGCAUGUCGCCAACCUCUUAUCUCAACCACGGGGUCCGCGGAUCAAUACAGGUUUACUACAGAAUCCACCGCUUCCAACAACCGCACUAUUCCCGAAUCAAACCGGUUUGAUCCCUAUGGUGCGUGGUCCUGUAGACGAAAUAAGCUACAACUCCCCAUCGAUUGGUGUCUCAGGAACACAGUCACAAUCUGCUAUUCUAGGUCACGGAGAUAUGCGACGAGUUGUGAGCAACUCGCGUUGUGACGAAUGGGAAUGGGGCUCGUGUUGUUCCAGUCUGCCGUGUCGAUACGGGAAAAAAGAAGUAUUGCUAUAA